AGUAGGGAUUCUUCUUGACACGUACUGACACGUGCGAUAGUGAAACAAACAGCUCAAUCAGCUGUAAACAUGGCGACGAUGAUUUGUGGCUUUCACAUUUUUAAUCGUAGUCUUCUGCAGUGCAAUCCAAAUUUAUUGGGAUACGGCCUACAAGAAAUACGAAACUAUGUCGGCUGCAGAGUGCUGCGCGACCAGAAACGUAGAAGAUGGGCUAAAGAGUAUGCCGAGGAAAGGUUGCGACUGGUUGCUAUGAAGCGCAAUGAUAUUUUGCCAAUUGAGCUAAAAGAACUCGUUGGCAAACAAAUAGAUGAAACAAUUCCUAGACAGACUGCUUUGAGACAAUUGACACCAAGAUGUGUUGUAACAUCUCGAGGUCGAGGUACGGUACAACGAUGGAGAAUAUCACGAUUCAUCUUUCGUCAUCUAGUCGAUUACAAUAAAAUGGCUGGAGUGCAACGUGCCAUAUGGUAGAACAAUACACCUUGUACGAUAUAUUACUUUUAUUGUGUAUAAAUGAAUACUAAUGAAGCGUAAAUGAAUACUAAUGAAGAGUAAAUGAUACACAA